UUCCUUCCCUCCGCUUCCCCACGCCCACAGUUUUCCUCGUUUCCUAACCUUCAUUCCAUUUAGUUUCACCGCAUCAAAAACAAAAGCUUUCCCUCUUUUCUUUGGGAUUACUUUUUCUACCCAAUCAAUCUCGUGACUGACAGUAAAUGGCCACGCCUUCCAUUUCCACUUCCACUGCUUCCAUUGGCAAACUUCCAAACUCUAACAUGCCCUGCCCAUUCCCAAGCGCCCCGUGACUCCUUUCACUCUUCUCUUCUCGUGAUUUCAUUCGCUUUCGUUCCAAACCAACACAUAUCUCCAAAUUUUACCCAACUCCCAAAUUCCUAAUCAACUCUCCUUAUCAUAUUUAUACCCCCCCCACCAUGCAUUCAUCUUCACCACCUCCUUCUCACCAGUCCCACAAAAAACAUCCCAGAAGAAAUCCCUGGAAUUCCACUUCUCUCCUUGUCUCACUAUCCAUGUCUGCUUUUCUUCUCCUUUCCCUUCUUUCCCUCUCCCAUUUCUUCAUCUUCUCUUCUUCCAGUCAUCACCCACCUCAUAACUCCCCUGUUUACGCCUCUGACUCCUCUCGAAUCCGCCUUGCUUGCAAAUCCACUCGCUUCCCACAACCCUGCGAAUCCUCCCUUUCGCGAUCCUCUCUUCUUCCUCCUAAUCCGACCUCCCUCCAAUUCAUCCAAUCCGCCAUUUCCGUCUCUUCCGAUAACCUCAAAACCGGACAAUCCAUGGUGAAAUCCAUCCUCGACUCUUCCAAAGGCAACCUCAACCGCUCUAACGCCGCCGCCAUCUGUCUCAACAUCCUUUCUAAUUCUGAUUACCGCAUAAGAUCGACCAAUGCCGCUCUGGCACGUGGCAAGAUCAAGGACGCUCGUGCGUGGAUGAGCGCGGCCCUUUGCUACCAAUACGAUUGUUGGAGCGCGCUCAAGUACGUAAAUGACACCAAAUUGGUCGGUGAAACGAUGGCGUUUUUGGACUCUUUAACGCAACACAGCAGCAACGCGUUGAGCAUGAUGGUCGCCUACGAUAAUAUCGGGGAGGACAUAGCCGCGUGGGUCCCUCCCAAGACGGAACGGGACGGGUUCUACGAGAACGGGUCGGGUGGGACGGAGCUGGGGUUUAACGGGGGUUUACCGUCAAACUUGAAGACGGACGUAACGGUGUGUAAAGACGGGAGGGGAGGGUGUUACAAGACGGUGCAAGAGGCCGUCAACGCAGCACCGGCACCGGCAAAUGCAGAGAGUACACGCCGUUUCGUGAUAUAUAUAAAGGAAGGUGUGUACGAAGAAACGGUGAGGGUGCCACUGGAGAAGAAAAAUGUGGUCUUUUUGGGGGAUGGAAUGGGUAAAACCAUCAUUGCGGGUGCUUUAAAUGCAGGGAUGCCUGGACUCACCACUUAUGAGACUGCUACUGUCGGGGUUCUUGGGGAUGGAUUUAUGGCGAGUGGACUCACAAUCCGGAACACAGCAGGCCCUGAUGCCCACCAAGCCGUAGCCUUUAGAUCAGAUAGUGAUCUUUCUGUCAUUGAGAACUGUGAAUUCCUAGGCAACCAAGAUACUCUCUACGCUCACUCCCUCCGCCAGUUCUACAGGAAGUGCCGUAUUCAGGGGAACGUGGACUUCAUCUUCGGGAAUUCUGCCUCGGUGUUCCAAGAUUGUGAAAUUUUGGUUGCUCCCCGGCAGGUAAAACCCGAAAAAGGUGAGAACAAUGCUGUGACAGCUCAUGGUAGAACUGAUCCUGCUCAAUCGACUGGUCUGGUUUUCCAGAACUGCUUGAUCAACGGAACUGAUGAAUACAUGAGAUACUAUUAUAGCAAGCCUAAAGUGCACAAGAACUUUUUGGGAAGGCCAUGGAAGGAAUAUUCAAGGACAGUUUUUAUAAAUUGUGUUAUGGAAGCACUUAUUAAUCCGAAUGGAUGGAUGCCAUGGAAGGGUGACUUUGCAUUGAAAACACUCUUCUAUGGAGAAUUUGGGAAUUCUGGUCUUGGAUCCAUUCCAUUGAACAGAGUUCCAUGGAGUACUCAAAUUCCACCCCAGCAUGUACAUACAUUUUCAGUCCAAAAUUUCAUUCAAGGAGAUCAAUGGAUUCCAACAUCAUCUUGAUUCCCCCCAGGAAUCAUGUUGAUUGCAAAGUUAAGAUGAUAAGAAUUCCAAGAAUGUAAACCCAAGGAAAGUUUAGCUAAACAUGAUCAUAUUCAUCUGUAACAAAAUCUUCAUUGGAGAAUGAAGGGUUAGUGCCUUAGCCUACGCUAUUUUGUCCUUUUCAUUUUUCCUAAAUUAUCUGUAUAUACAUAUUUGAAGUUUGGGUGUGUAAUGGAAUAUGUUUCUCAAAUAUAUAGAAAAACAUCAAAAAUUGUUUAGUA